AUGUCUCUUGUUCUCAUUACCGGUUCGACCGGCUUCAUCGGCUCCCAGGUGGUCUGGGAUGUACUUAAAGCUGGCUAUCGCGUGCGGCUGGUCGUCCGUCGUGCUGAGCAGGCGACCAAGCUCGAGCGGAUUUAUGAUCGCUAUGCAGAGAAAUUGGAUUUUGCUGUCAUUUCCGACUUGACAAUUGAUGGAUGCUUCGACGAGCCACUACAGGGAGUGGAUUAUGCUUUGCACCUGGCCUCUCCAUUACCCGGUGCCGGGGAUGAUCUCUUAAGCCCUGCCGUCCGAGGAACUAUUUCAAUCCUGUAUUCCGCGCUCAAGGUGCCAAGCAUCAAGAAAGUUGUCGUGACUGCCUCGGCAUUGUCAAUUAUUCCGUUGGGGCCAACUAGAGAUGGGUUGGUCGUGAAAGCCCAGGUUGCUUCGUUGAACCCGAUGGAACAGUAUCAUGCCAGCAAGGUCGCGUCUUACAAAGCAACGCUGGAUUUUGUGCGUGAUCAACAUCCAAAAUUUGAUGUGGUUACUCUGCAUCCGGUCUUUGUCUUCGGCCACAAUCACGCACAGGAAUCAGCGGAUCAGCUUGGGGGCACUUGUGGCAUGCUGUACCAGGCAAUCACAACUGGGAAGCUAUUUGCGGCUCAGUACCGGGGUGUUCAUGUUCAUGACGUUUCUGCAGCACAUGUAAAAGUUUUGGACAGCUCUAUACAGGGACUGCAGUCAUAUCUUUUGGCCGCACCGCCCAGAUCGUGGGCAGAUGUCGAGGCUUUUGUCCGUCAACAUUAUCCGAGUCUACCCAUCGGUAUCCAGGCCACUGAAGGACCAAGCUAUGUGCUCGACACGUCAAAGGCUGAGAGAAACUUGGGAUUGACAUGGAAGGGAAUGGAAGAACAAGUCAGAGAUGUGAUUGACCAGCAACUGGCUUUCAAAUGA